AUGGAAAUGGCCAAGCCCUUUUUGAAGCUCACGUACCGCAAGACGUUCAUUGACUGCGAACUCGAGGAGCAACCAAGCAAGACUCCACUGGAGCUUAAACGUUCGGUGAGCUUGCCAUCCAUCGAGCUCACCAGGUCAGAGGACGAAUGCCAUGAAGCGACUUACUUGAACCAUCUCACGCAUAAGCUGUCGGAGGAGAAAUCGGAUUGGUCUGGCAGCCCCACCUCGACCGUGAGCACCGCCUGCGACUCUGAUGAAGUGACUCCGUGCCACGAGAUCGAGAUGCCGUCAUCGCCGAAAUUGGCCUUCCAAUUGUUGCCGAGCCCAGGGACCCUGGGACAUCCAGAAGUGUGCCGUCGUCCUUGUAUGCAUUUCCAGAUUGGGCAUUGUGACAACGGAAGCUCCUGCAACUUUUGUCACGAAGCUCAUCCACACAAGACAGCCAAGCUGGACAAGAAGCAGCGGCUGCUCCUGCAAUCACUGAAGAUCCAAGAGUUCACUGCGCUGAUUGCACAAGAAGUGAGGGAACGGCCAAAUUCAGGUGUCCCUGCUGGGGCUGCGGAGGAGCUUCUUGCUGCCUUGGAAGAUGAGGCGCAGGGCGCUCCGCUGCCUCGCAUCCCCGACCGCGACCUGCGAAACCUGCGCAAGACCUUCGUGACCUUGGCCGGGUAUGGGUCUUGGGUGUUGGACGGCUAA